UUUAACUUAGCUGUCGAAGGCAUCCGGUUGUGCAUUCUCCCCGCGGAUCAUCGUUACGAUCACACUUAUCUAUAGUCACAUUGUAGUCUCGUGAGAUCGAUUAAGAUAAUUAAUAAGGGAAAGGCUCGAAAGUAUCGCGCAUCACGAUGGAGGCGAUUAAGAAGAAAAUCGCGGCACUGAAGAUGGAGAUGGAUGCUGCGAAUGAAAAGGUCGAAGUUAAUGAAACGAAAGCGAAACAAGAGGAUAUAAGAGCCGACAGGCUAAACGAUGAUCUUAGGGAUCUACAGAAAAGAUUGAGCCAAUUGGAACGCGAUUACAGUGUCACAAAAACUAACUUGGAACAGUCGACCGCCGAUCUGGAGCAGUGCGAAAAAUCUUGGUCCAAAGCAGAACAAGAUCGUACUAUUUUGACGAAGAAAGUACAGGAGAUCGAAGCCACUUCACAAAAAGAGGAAUUACGUCUUUCCGCUCAGACAAAACUGGCACGUGCAACUGAACUCGCCGAUGAUGCGCAAAGAAUGUGUAACGUCCUGACGGAGCGAAGUCGUUUGGACGAAGAACGGACGGAAAAAUUAAUGUCAGAGCUGAAGGAUGUUAGAUUGAUUGCUGAAGACGCUGAUUCGAAAUCCGAUGAAAUAGCUAAGAAAUUGCAGUUUGUGGAAGAGGAAUUAGAAGCUGCUGAAGAGAGAGUAAAAACUAGCGAAGCCAAAAUUAUAGAACGCGAGGAUGAACUCUUCAUCGUACAAAAUAUCGUGAAGUCUCUCGAAGUAUCUGAGGAGAAGGCGAAUCAACGAGUAAAAGAUUUUAAAGUACAAUUGAAAUCCUUGAAGAAGAAACUGAAGGAGGCGGAGAAGCGCGCGAUCAAUGCCGAAAGAACGGUCAAGACCUUAUUAAAGGAAGUAGACAUGAAGGAAGAUGAGCUUAGGGAAGAGAAGGAAAAAUACAAGGCAGUCUGCGAUGAUAUGGAUGCGACGUUCGCCGAGAUGACAGGAUAUUAAAAUUCUGCGAACGAACUUGAUUUUGAUUUUCGCUGUUACUCUUAUGCUUUUUUCGUUUACUCGUUAUCAUCAUAACAUAAACAUCUCAUUAUUUUGAUCCGCUAGGCUUAAAAAAUAUUGCGCAACAUUGAUUUAUUUUAUCAUUUAAAUUGCCAUAAGCGAAAUAAUUAGAGAUAAUCUGUUUCGUACAAUAAUCCACUGAUAUAAAUAAGGCAUACCAAUAUCGUUUGCUAUUAUAAUUGCUUCGCUUUGUGCAAUGCCUUGCCAACUGGUUCAUGGUCGCUCAUAGUCUGUGUCGAUUGAAGAUUGAUGAUUUUAUCUAUUUUUUUCUUUCAGAGGCGUUGGAGGGAAUUAUUUUCGUCCAUUACGCGUGAAUGAAAAUUGAUGAUAUUGCGUAUC